AUGACCCGUCUCGCUGGCCUUGUCGCCCUUUUCGCGGCGGUGGCUGCUGUCAGCGCUGCUCCCGGUGCAUCCCUGGGUAGAAGACAAAAUACUACUACAACUCCUGAUUCUAAUAUCACCGUCGACUCUAAGCCUCAAUGUCGAUGUUUCCCAGGAGAACCCUGUUGGCCGAAAGAUAAGCAUUGGGAUGCCUUCAACAGCACCAUCGGCGGAAAGCUGGUAGCCACAAUUCCCAUCGGGAGUCCAUGCCAUGAUAGCUCAUUUGGUCCCGCCGACCCAUCUGCCUGCGCCAUUCUUAAGAGCAAAUGGGCCGAUCCAGCAACUCACAUCUCCAGCUCUUCUUCUCUAAUGUCGCCCUUCUUUGCCAACGCGAGUUGCGAUCCGUUUCUCUCCACGAACGCUCAGUGCGUUGUCGGGACGUAUGUCCAGUACGCCGUCGCUGCUACAAACACGGAUGAUUUCAAGAAGACCAUCGCAUUCGCCAAAGAUCGAAAUCUCCGUCUCGUUGUCCGUAACACUGGUCAUGAUUUCUAUGGAAAGUCUACCGGUGCCGGCGCGCUGGCUAUCUGGACCCAGGGGAUCAAGGACAUCACCCUGAUGAACUACCAGUCUGACGCCUAUACUGGUACUGCUAUGAAAAUAGGCGCUGGUGUCCUCGGCCAGGAGGCCUACGAGGUUGCCCACCAGAAUAAUGUCGUUGUCGUUGGAGGAGCCUGUCCAUCUGUUGGCAUUGCUGGUGGCUACACUCAGGGUGGCGGCCACAGUCUUCUCACCACCAAGUACGGAAUGGCGGCCGACCAUGUCCUCGAGUGGGAGGUUGUUACUGGCAAUGGGGAUCUUGUGGUUGCAUCUCCGUCCCAGAAUCAGGAUCUCUACUGGGCCCUGUCCGGCGGUGGUGGAGGAACCUAUGGCGUUGUCCGAUCUAUGACCGUCAAGACGUUCCCUGAAUUAAAGACUGCCGCAGCUACUCUCUUCUACCAAAGCGCAGGCAUCAAUCCUGAUCUAUACUUUGAACUUUUCAAGACCCUCCUCACAUGCAUGCCCGCUAUUGUGAAAGCAGGUGGAUCGACCAUCUGGAUCCUCACGCCGCUUGGCUUAUUGAUUGCCCCUGUGAUCAUCCCCGGCUCGUCCAAAGAUAAUAUCGAUACCAUUCUCCAGCCAUUCCUCCAGAAGUUGAAGGACAAUGCUAUUCCAUUCCAAUACUCCAAUGUCGACUAUGAAUCCUACCAUGACGCUUUCCUGGCAACAACUCCAUUCAAGACCCUGACCGAAAACCACACUGGCGGCCGACUCAUUCCCAAGUCUCUCGUUUCAACAGACGAUGGACUGAACCAAUUCGUUGCGGCCAUGCGCGCAAUUGUCGAAAAGGGAUCCUUCAUCUCCGGGCUCAACCUAGAUGCUUCCAAGAAGAUAAAUUUCGCAGACAACUCUGUCAACCCUGCAUGGCGUGAUGCUGCCAUGACUAUCAUCCUCCUGACUUCAUUCUCUCAUGCCGACUGGAAUGUUGCACAAGCCAACCAACGGGCAAUGACCGAACAGAUUGUCCCUAUCAUCAAAAAGAUUACUCCGGGAGGUAGCUGUUACCUUAAUGAAGGUGACGUUAACGAGCCAGACUGGCAGCAGACCUUCUAUGGAGCUUCAUAUGAGAAGCUCUUGGGCAUCAAGCAGAAAUACGACUCCUCCAGUCUUCUCUGGGGCCGUACAGCCGUCGGUAGUGAGGCGUGGACUGAAACUGAUGAUAAACAUCUUUGCAAAGCGUAA